UUAAAGUUAAAGUUUAUACGAUACUUAUAAGUGACAAAUAAGAGGAAUAUUUUUUUCCACGAAUAAAUUAUUCCGCGACCAGAUUAUUGCUUGAAAAUUAGGUAUUCCAUGCAGAAAAUUGCGUGAUGAUUUUGAAAUUUUAACCGUUAAAAAUAUCAAGGUAAGUUUUUAAUUUUAUGAUAUUAAAAUUAAAUUCAUCAUGAUAUAAUGAUUAAGAUAACAAAUCAUGAUGCUAAAUACAAUAUAUUUUUACUUCUUAUCUCUUUUAUUAAUUAAAGUUUUAGUCACAAAAUAUUUUUCCACGCAUUUAAGUUUCUAAC